GGGAAUAGAUUUCCCCCAACAUCUCUCUCCCUGUUCCAUCUGUUUCCUUCCCCUGUCUCCCCUCUCCACUUUACUCCCCUGCCUCACUUGUCUCCCCACCAUUUGCUUCCCCUCUCCUGUCUCCCCACUCCAAUUUUUCUCCUCUCCCCACUUCUGUCUCCCCCUCCCCAUCCCUGUCUUCUCCCUGUCUGCCUCCCUCUCCCCAGCCUUGCUCCUGCCAUCAAUUAUCUCGUUCAUCAUCUAUAAGUUUCCGUCUUUCUCCUCUCUCUGCCCAUUUUCCCAUUUCUCUCUUCUCAUCUCUCUCUUCAUCACCCACCUUUCUCCCCACCUUCCCUACGUCUCUCUUCUGUCUCCCGGACACUCCCUUCCACUAGCCCGUCUCCUUGACUUCUGAGGUUUCUUUCUCUGCGGCCAAAAGGGGGAGCUGGAGGAGACUACCAGUGGGGGGCGGAGGGGCCCCAGCCCAGGCCCAGAGCCCAGCCUGGCAGCGUCUCUCAGAUCUGGGACGACCAUUUCCUCCUUCAGCCCGGGAGGCCACUCGGGUUACGAGCUCAGGACAGUAGCAACCGGGAGAGUGUGUCUGCUGGUCGGGGAGGCCUUCUUACAAGGAGACCCUAGUCCGGUGGGGGCUCUACCCUCUCCCCUUCUUCAGUUCAGAGGCCCUGCUGGACCCUCGGCUCCUUCUCGGACUUCUUGUGUCUGCUGUGGGCCUUGUGGAACUCAGGGUCUUGGUUGUGAGAGGUCCGCCAUGUCGGCACCCCGGCUGCUCACGUUGCAGCUGCUGCUCCUGCUGGGCGCGUGGUGGGCGCGCGCGGCCGCCCCGCGCUGCACCUACACCUUCGUGCUGCCCCCGCAGAAGUUCACAGGCGCCGUGUGCUGGAGCGGGCCAGCGGCCGCGCGGCCGACGCCGGAGGCCGUGAACGCCAGCGAGGUGGCAGCGCUGCGCGUGCGCGUGAGCCGCCACGAGGAAUUGCUGCGCGAACUUCAGCGGCUGGCAACGGCCGACGGCGCCGUAGCCGGCGAAGUGCGUGCGCUGCGCAAGGAGAGCCGUGGUUUGAGCGCGCGCCUCGGCCAGCUGCGCGCGCAGCUGCAGCACGAGGCGGGCCCAGGGGCGGUGCCUAGCCUGGGGUCGGAGCCCGCCUCCGCGCUGGCGCUGCUCGGGGAGCGCGUGCUGAACGCCUCGGCCGAGGCUCAGCGCGCCGCCGCCCGCUUCCACCAGCUGGACGUCAAGUUCCGCGAGCUGGCACAGCUAGUCAGCCAGCAGAGUGGCCUCAUCGCCCGCCUGGAGCGCUUGUGCCCGGGGAGUGCGGGCGGGCAGCAGCAGGUCCUGCCCCCACCCCUGGUACCUGUGGUUCCUGUAAGUUUGGUGGGUGGCACUGACGACACCAGCAGGAGGCUAAACUCAGCUGCAGAACCCCAGAGAGAUCAGACCCUGAGACAGCCAGGACCCCUGGCCUCUCCUCUACCCUCGGGGCACCCUGCUGUUCCUCCUAAGCCAGCAGGCCCAUGGCGGGAUUGUGCAGAGGCCCGCCAGGCAGGCCAUGGACAGAGUGGAGUGUAUGAGUUACGAGUGGGCCGGCACGUGGUGUCAGCAUGGUGCGAGCAACAGCUGGAGGGAGGAGGCUGGACUGUGAUUCAGAGGCGGCAAGAUGGUUCGGUCAACUUCUUCACUACCUGGCAGCACUACAAGGCGGGCUUCGGGCAGCCUGAUGGGGAAUACUGGCUGGGCCUUGAACCUGUGCAUCAGCUUACCAGCCGUGGGGACCAUGAGCUACUGGUGCUCCUUGAAGACUGGGGAGGCCGUGGGGCACGUGCCCACUAUGAUGGUUUUUCCCUGGAGCCUGAGAGUGACCACUACCGCCUGCGGCUUGGCCAGUACCAUGGAGAUGCUGGAGACUCUCUUUCCUGGCACAAUGACAAGCCUUUCAGCACCGUGGAUAGAGACCGAGACUCCUAUUCUGGUAACUGUGCCCUGUACCAGCGGGGAGGCUGGUGGUACCAUGCCUGUGCCCACUCCAACCUCAAUGGUGUGUGGCAUCGUGGUGGCCACUACCGUAGUCGCUACCAGGAUGGGGUCUACUGGGCCGAGUUUCGUGGUGGGGCUUAUUCUCUCAAGAAGGCUGCCAUGCUGAUCAGGCCCCUGAGGCCGUGACCCUCUGUCCAUCUGUCCCUCAGGUCCCAGGGGAUGUGUGUCAGCAGGAGCCCAAGUUGUUCUGGCCACCCCUCCUUCCUGGCUCCAUGCAGACCACGCCCCACAGACCUCCUCCCAUUGUGGAUCUGCAGGGCUUCCCCAGGGCUCUGCAGACAGUGCCCAGGAAUCCCCCUGCCAAUAUCCUGGACCCACACGGCUCCCCAAGGGCAUUGAGAUCUCAGUUUGAGCUCAUAUUUUAUAACAACACAAAAUAGCCACA